AAUUUUACUUUACUUUCUACUAUAAAUUAAGUUCUUGAACUGUAUAGAAGUGUUUUUGCAAAAUGUGUCAAAUUAUAUUCAAAAUUUGUGUAUUUAUUAGUCUGAUGUCAAUGGCGCUAGCCUCCCACAAACCACAAGUGUCGACCACUAUAUUGGAUGGAUUUCCCAAUGAUUUAAAUAUUCAACCAUUUGUAAGUGUGGGCUAUAAAUUGUAUCAUUUUGGUCAAAGCAAGGUUACUUGGUAUAAAGCCUUCUUAAUUUGUCGUUCUUUGGGCGGUUUCUUAGCCUCUUUUGAUUCUCAACAAGAAUUGGCCGCCUUAUCAGAUUAUUUAAUUGGCAAAUAUCCUUUGGAUCGUUGGUGGUGGUUAUCGGGCUCUGAUCUAGAUUCUGAGGGUGAUUUCUAUUGGUAUCGUACGGGUGAACGUAUAAGUUAUGCUGACUGGUCUACAGGUCAACCGGAUAAUGCCGGUGGUCAUGAAAAUUGUGUUCAUCUUUGGUAUCAAAAUCCCAAAUAUCAAAUGAAUGAUUGGAUGUGUAAUCAACAGGCGUAUUAUGUUUGUGAAGCUGAUAAGCCGAAAACGAUAGCAAUAAGUGUGUUUUAAGUGCGUAUAUAUGAGAAGAAAUACGAAUUUGAAAUAGCAUACUUUUAGCAUAUAAACAAAAUUAUUUAUUAAAACAUUUUGAGAUUAUUAUUUAA